GGCGCUGAGGUCAGUUCCGCUGUACGCUCGCUGGCUGCUGCGCUCGGCGCAGGGCGUGGAGUCGCGUCGGCGCGCUCUGAGCGCGCGUGGGGGGCGCAGGCUCACCCACGGAGGUGCUGCAAGUUGAGAGAAUCCAGUAGAGAACUGAAAAUAGAGUUUUAUGGUUUCAGAACUUGAAGCAAUACUUAUUCAUAAAGAUAAAAAUACACACUCUCCAGAGCAGUUGCCUGAAUGAUAGCUAAGCAACGCAUUUGAGAGACUGUCACUAUAAAAAUUGUUUGUGUCCAUUGCCAUUGUAUUUGACUAAACUGGCAAGAGCCACUUGUUUUGAAAUGCAGAUAAAGAAAAUGAGGGAAAUUUUACCAAAACUGUAUACAAGCCAAGUUAAUGACAUAAAUAAUUCUUUGACUACAUCUCCAAAGCAAGCCAAUGAGGAUGAAGCAAAUCAACCAAAAGGGACUGAAGGCCAGAAUUGUGUCUAUCAAGGGGCUGAAGCUGAGGAUAAGCUGCCAUUGGUCCUUUGUAUAAAGUGCAGAAGUGUGCAGAAACUUCCAGUACAUGACUUACUAAAGCAUAACAAACCCAGGCAGACUGAAGACAAAAGUUUCAUUUGCGGCAGCUGCAGUCUGAAUACGCCACCGACUUUCCAUUGUGUAGCUGACAGUGCCACUGCCAUAGAUUUAGAAAAUCAAGAAAAACCAUCCCUAAGUAAAACUCAGAAAACAUUUAAAGUAAAAAACUUUCAACCAGACAAAUAUUACUGUGAUAAAUGUCGAUUUUCAACAAAGGAUCCUUUGCAGUAUAAAAAGCAUGUAGUUCAGCAUGAGGAGAUUAAAUUUGUGUGCUCCCACUGUAGCUAUGUAUCCUACACCAAAGGAGAAUUCCAACGGCAUUUGGUGAAACAUACUGGAACUUUUCCAUAUCAAUGUGAAUACUGUGAAUAUGGUGCUGUUAGGCAUGAUUAUAUAGUAAAACAUACCAGAAGAGUACAUGAAACAGUUACUGAGAAGGGGCCAAUGAAUAUGGUUACAAAACAAGAGCAAAAGAGAUCUUGCUUACCAAAGAGAAGCACUUUGUUUUCUGAAAAGCAGAAGUGUGAUCAAAAAAUUCCUCUUCGGAGUGAGCCUUCAGAUUUAUCAUCAAGUACAACUUGCAGCAAAAUGCAAGAUGAAAUGAACAAAACAGUUUGUUUGUCUGGCGAUGUAGAAUGUAGCCUAGGUACGACAUCAGUCCGAGAUAAAACUGUAUUGGAACCAGCUGAAGUAAACAUAUAUGAGAACCAAAAUGUGGAAGUUGAAGUUUAUUCUCCAAAAAAAGAGCCCAUACAGCCGGGAAUGCCAUUAACAGUGAUUGCACCUUCAGAACUUGUAGUUCCUUCUAACUGCUUAGCUCAGUUAUUAGACAUAAAAAUAGUGAAUGGCACACAGCAGUUGGUUCUUAAACUUAUUCCUCUGAAAGAAACAAGUAAUAAACCUAUAAACUGUAAAGAAGAGGAACUCAGGAAUCAAGGUGCAGAACAAACAGAGACAGGAAAAAGAAUAACUUCUGUUGCUCAAAAUGAAUUAACCACUGAAGCAACUGUAAAUUUAUCUAGUGUUAGUAACAUGCUUGCUUCGGAUAAUAAAUACAAAAAGAACUCUGAAUGUCUUAAUUCAUCCAAUUCUGACUGUAACUCAAAUGUACCUAGGCAGGAUAAAUCACAAAUAAGUUGUCCUAAAUCCUCAAAUAAGGAAAAAUACGCAAAAAAUGAUUUAUACUGUUCUAAAGAGACUCUGGACAUGUCCACAUGUGCAUAUGCUGCUUCCUCUGAAAGUGAUAGAUCCCAGACUGUUUUGUUGCAGGCGGCUCAGAAGAGCAGCAGUUCCUCUUCAUCUCCUGCCCUUGGAGAAAAGGACAUAUUGCCUUUUAAUGGUGAUGACAAAAAAUGCAGGAGCCAGAUCAUUAGCUCUCUGGAAAAACAUUUGUUUGAUACCUGUUUGGUUAAAGAAUCUUUUAAAACUUCUCAAGGAUGGGGAGAGUUCUCUUUAAAUAAAAGUGCAUCUUUAGAGGAAUCAAGUGUUGGCUUAAGUAAAUUAAACAGAGAGAUCUCUGAUUGUCAAAAUAAUCCUUUAGAAGCUUUAGAACUGCAGAAUGUAGAAAAUAAGGACAGCCCUCCUGAGGGUCCUGUCAUUUCAUCUGUAUUUUCCCUUAGCUCUGGGGCUGAAAACAUCCCAGAGGGAAUCAAGUGGGAUAAUACUGCAUGCAAUAAAAAGUCAACAACAAUGUUGUGUAGAAAGAUUGCUCAGUUGAUGUCUGCUGCGGAGUGUAAUGUGAAAUCUACAUUGAUUGCUUCACCUAUGCCUGUUAGAUGUUGUGCUUCUAAUAAGAAGAUGCCUUUGCCUCAGGAAACUUUAGCAAACUCUGAAAAAAAAGUUCCUGCUACUGAAUUGGAACAAUUUGCAUCUUCACUUCAAACACCGCAGAAUGGUGGGAUUGGUAAUGAACUGUGUAAUAAACAACCAUCACAAUCACGGUCAGCUACAACAAAAGCUAAAAGUAGAAUGACUAAAAACACUCACAUUGCUACUCCAGUGUUCAUUCCAAAAGGGACAGUGCUGAAGGUCUUGAAUGUCACUAGGAGUGAGAACACAAAAGAAGCAGGAGAUAAGAACGAAAUGUCAUCUGCUACAAUGUGUUGUAACGAAAUGUUUCUACCACGACCAGUUCCUUUCAGCAUUUCUGAGAAACUAAGCAGUAACCUACCUUUGCCAAAUGAGAGUGAACUUAAUGAGCAGUCCAGAAAUCAAAAUAUGUCACUUAGGCACAGACCAAAAAGAGAGGCUAAUGCAAAAAGUAAUAGCAAACAAAAUUUUGUACUACUGCAUCAGAAAAGUGAUGAGCUAAGUAAGCAGAGCAAACUUACUUCAAAGGAUCAACUUGGACCUAAAAAUAAGGUAAAACAAGCAAAGUCCAGGGAUUAUUUGUCUAAGAAGAAAACAAGAAUUUACUCAGAAACCAGUUGCAUAUCUGAGGCGAUGCCUCUUUUGACAGCAAGGCGUCUUAGGCUUGUACCACUUAGAGAACAUCAGUUGAUAAAAUGUCCUCGUCGUAACCAGCCUGUAGUUGUAUUAAAUCAUCCUGAUGUUGAUUCAGCAGAGGUAAUUAAUAUAAUGAAAAUUGUCAACAAGUAUAAAGGCAAUAUUGUGAAAGUUGUUUUAUCAGAAAGAACGAGUAGUUGUCUUGGUGUGAAACAGUAUAAUAAACGGCUUACAUUUCAGAACUUGGAAACAACAAGCCAAAUGAAAAAACAGAACUUUUUAAAAAUGAAGCUAAAAAAGACCCAUAAAAACAACUACCGGGUAGUGGAAACUUCACCAGCUAAAACACUGCAGUGUAUGUUUAAGUGUUGGUUUUGUGGAAGGAUAUAUGUAGACCAGGAAGAAUGGAUAAGUCAUGGACAGAGACAUUUGAUAGAAGCAACCAAAGGCUGGGAUGUUCUUUUUCUUCCUCUAGAAAGCCACAAGUGAGAAACUGUCAGUUUACUGCUCUUAUUUUAACGUGAGUUGCAUUAAUUUGUUUGGAAAGGGAGACAGUAAAUAUUUUACUGGAGGGUUUUUAUAUUUGGCAGGUGGGAGAGUGGUAAUAGGAAUUAUAAACUGUAUGAGAAGCCACUCUUGAGCACUAAACACUACAUAGCACUUGGAUGCCUGAAAUAAGUGUUAUGGCUAUCCCUUGCUUUUUUGAAAGAGACCUGGAAAUGAUUUGCUCUGAAAACAUUCUAGUGCAAUUCUCUUCACUAGGACACUAUAUGCCGUAACGUUAUGUUGCGAGUUCAAUAGGGAUUUAAAAUAUCAACUAUAUGACCUGUGUGAAAUUAAUUGAAUUCAGUCUGAUUUUACUACUACAGCUUAGUGGUUCAGAGGUCAGGCAUAAGUCUAAUGAAGAGUAUCUUUGACUCCUAUGAAUAAAAAAAGUGUGCAUCGUAAUUUAGUAGCAAAUUUAAAAAAAAUGCCAUAGUGGGGAAAAAACUGGUGCUGAAUCUGAUUAAACUCCAAUUUUAAGGAACAGAAGUAACUCCACUGACUUCAGUGGAGCUACACCACUGUACAUGAGCAAUUGGUGAGAUCAGAAUCAGACCCACAAUGUGGAAUGGCAAGGAAAGCUUAAUUCUGUGUUGUACAGUCAGGGGCCAAGUUGUGUCUUGUGCCACACAAGUGUAAGAGCAGGAAGAUGACACAGGUGACUACUUACUGUGCAAGCAAGCAGAAGCUCAACUUAAAGUGCUUGAAAUGAGGUCUGGCUUCUUUACUGGCUGGCAUGAUGUGAUUCCGAUGGAUUGUGCAUGCUGUAGGGCAUAAUGAUCAGUGCUAUGUGUAAUCCAAUUAGAAAUGUACACUUUCAGGAUAGAGCCUUUAACCAGGACCCCAGCCAGCCUAGCAGCUAGUGCCUAGAUAGGAAGAACUAGCUGGAGAACCAAACUGCUGCCUUGAAAAAGAGAGAUUAUGUUGCAGAACUCUACAUUGCCAGUACCUAUCCACAUUUUCUGUAGAAUCUUUGUUUUGACAUCCUAAAUUUGAAGAUUUUGCAUGUUAGAAUCUACACAUGUAAACCUCAAUUCAGCAAGCUACUUACUACUACUACUAAUAAUAAGCACAUGCCUAAUCAACUCCCAUCGAUUGCUGUGUGACUACUCAGUGAAGUCAAUAGGAUGACUCAUGUGCUAAGUGCCUGGCUGAAUGAAGGUGAGUUUUUAGUGGGGAAGGAGGAUGGUUGAUAGUGAAGUUUAAUAACUGGCCACUGUACAUGUAUAGAAUUUUCUCGGUUAUCUUGUCACAAAUUGUAAACCAUUUUAUUUUUUUAAAUUUCAUGUACAGCAAGUGAUGAAUUGAGCACAUAUUUUGCAGUCACAUUUCUACAGGUAAAAAAAUAAUUAAUUUGAUGCUGGAGAUAUAUUAUACAUUUGAAUUUUGUAUAAAUGCCUGUAGUUCCUAAUUGUUAACAGUGGAAAAACACAUUUUGUUAAAAAAACAAACAAAAAAACAAAACAAAAAACCCCACAACUCCUCCAGCCCCCGCAACAACCUACUAAUCUGGGAAUAUUUUUUUGUUUUUUUUUAUACUCUAGAAAAUUAAACAUGGUUUUGAUAAGGUAUGUACUAUAUCUGUAUUGAAAUGUAAAUAUUUUGAAACUAUAAAGCACAUCUUGAGACUUGGGUCUAAUUUACAAAAACAGUUAUGUGAAACUUUUCUGUCAGACCAUUUUGCAAUACAAUAUUAAACUCUUUAGAUAUCUGGUGCUUUCAGAAAGGAGAUCUUGUAUUACUUUGCAAUUUUUGUAUCAUAGUGAAAGGCUAAACUGUUCAAUGGAAUACAGUUUGUAUUAUCUCUGUUUUUUUCAGUAAUUAAAUGACUGUUCUUAUUUUGAAACAGGAAUUUAUAUUUUUUUAGACUGGUACAGUAGAGAUUUUCACUUUGUGUUCUUUGAAGCGAAACAUCAUCAUGUUUCAAUUUUUUAAAUUGUGAAAAUAGUUUCAACUUCUAAAUCUGUCAUAUCAGAUUUUAAUAAAUAUUGAAACUGCUAACAUAUGAAAAACCACUUCUGGCCAAAUUCGUUCUCACUUACAUUCAUCCACCCAGGCAGAUGUUUGAACCUACUUGAGUUUCUGUAGAAGCUGUUAAGGAAAUACUUUUGAAUCCUCUGUUUGUUUGGCAAAAUAUGACUGACAUCUUUUAAUCUUUAAUCAAUUUUGUAUUCUUAAAAAUUGUGCUGCGUGCAGGAUUAUAAACAGAUUGUAGAUGGGUUUAGGGUGUUUUUCUUUGCUUAUUUUAGUAAACAAAGACUGUUCUUUGUAUCUCAUUUGUUAAUCUACAUGUAACUGUUCUCCCUGUAUUAAAUUUACAAAAUAUAAGUGUUUUUGUAUUAACAUGAACAUUUUUUGUAAAUCGAAUUGUAUGGUGGAUAUAAAAAUUUGACAGCAGAUCUCAUGCCUUCUUCUCUUGCCAAGGACAUCCAAAUUCUGGCCAGAUGGGUGUGUAUCUAAUUUUUUUUAUUAUUUAUUUAUUUAUUUAUUUAUUGAUAUAGUAUUGUAUUUGGAUAGUUUUCCUUCUGGAAUUUUAUUAGUUUUGUGACUUGAGAUAAAGAGUGUGACCCAGAUUCUCUCUGUCCUGAGCUUCAUUUGAUGGAGUAUGUUCCAGGAGAGAGGCUGUCUGGGAGUUAGUUAUGGCUUUCAGAUUCUCAGGGCAGAUCUGCACCUUGAUGAGCCCAGUAGAAGUUAGAACAGGGGUUGGAAUACCCUAUUUGGGUUCUGUAACAAUUUUCUUCCUGCAUCCUGCCAGACAAGAUACUCUUUCUUGUUCCUGAUUUGUUAAAGGACCCAUGACUGAUUCUGUUUUCUGUUAUAUUUUAAUCAUCAGAAACAAGGUUUGCCCUAUACAUUCAAGCUGAAUUUAAACUACAGUAUGCAUCCGAUGAAGUGAGCUGUAGCUCAUGAAAGCUUAUGCUCAAAUAAAUUGGUUAGUCUCUAAGGUGCCACAAGUACUCCUUUUCUUUUUGCGAAUACAGACUAACACGGCUGUUACUCUGAAACCUACAGAAACCUUAUAAAUCUCAAAUGGUGUGUGUAAAAUCCUUUUUGUACAAACUUUAGUGUGUGUAUUUUUAAAGAGGCCAGAAUUAUGCUCUAGUCUAGUGCCUCUUGACUAUGAUUUUCUCUCAAGUUUGCAAAGGAUGUGAAUUCAGUGGGACUAAUUGCGUGAAUAAUCUUACCUCCAUAAGGGUUUGAAGAAUUGGGAAUUAAAUGCAAGCCUCUGUUACUGGAGCUAAAGAAUAAUUACUGUUAAGUCUUACUACUAGGGAUGACUAUCUCAUGGAGGUCAGCCCUAAAGUCUGAUCCAGUGGUUGUUGAAGUCUGUUGAAAGACUGUAAUUGAUUUCAUGGAUAUUGGAUUGGUCCCCUACUGAGCAGGUGAUUCCAUUGUUUAAAACCCACCUGCAGUCUGCACCAGUAGUGAAAAGGUUAAACAGUAUAAGUGCCAAGUUAGAUGCAACUUCUCUGAGUUUAAAUGCAGGAAUAUUUUGUAAUGAAAUUCUAAUAUAUUACAUUGUUUUGUUUCAUGGAUUUAUUUUGUAUUCCUAGUGACUUUUCAAAUAACAGAGAGGUUUUGUUAAUAUAAGCAAUAAAACAAUUUGUCAGUUAUCAGCAAGACAGGGAAAAUAUUGCUCAGAAGUUAGCUGCUGUUCAUACCUUUUUGUGCAGUUGUACUAUGACAUUUGUACAUGCCGCAACACCCUUUAUUUGAAGUUUCACUUUUGUAUAUUACUUAAUUUUAAUCACGCACAGCAGAGUACAAUUUGAUCUAGUCUCAUAUAUGAGAAAUGACAUUUCAUAGACUUUUCUCAAGAAUUAGAACUCUUCAUUGUAUUCAUGUUGAACUCAAAUCUAAUCUAAUUUCUACACAGAUUUUAAAUAUUAAAGUGUUCUUAUUUUUACAUUUAUACAAACAGAUUGAAAUCACUUAGGGUAAGAAGCAUCUUCUGUUCAACUUAAAAGGAUGUGUUAGGUAACAUUGUUCUCUCUGGAUUCCAGACUUAUCCUUUCCAUCAAUAAGUGUUAUGGGAACACAUGUGUAGAAGUCAAUGAUUUCUUGCACAGAAUCAAACUUCUGAAAAACAUUAAACAAUUGAACACAGAAAUGCUGAAAAUCCUUAUCUUCUGAUAUGAAACAGUGAAUCCAAGUCUGGCUAUUUGGCACUGGAUGAAAGAGAUUGAAAAAAAUAUCACUGUGGCUGAAGAAAAGCACAGAACUAUGAUAAG